GCUUCUCCAUGGUUGUCCCGGAUGUGCUUCCCGGAGCGGGGUCGGUUUGUAACCGUGGUAACGGGGCGCCUCUGCCCGCCGGCGGAGGCAUGGCGGAGCCGCGGGGCGUGCCGGUUUCUUCGUUGCCAGUGGCUACAGAACCUCUAAAACCCUAUCCUAAAAAAGCACUGGAAUUACCAAUCCUGGAGAGGAAAAAUUGGCUGAUCUAUCUCCUGUAUGUUCGCAGAGACUAUGACGAGUGUAAGGCUGUCAUCAAAGAGCAGCUCCAGGAGUCUCAUGGACUGUGUGAAUAUGCAGUCUAUGUUCAAGCUUUGAUAUUUCGCUUGGAGGGGAAAAUUCAAGAAUCUCUUGAACUUUUUCAGACAUGUUCCAUUUUGAACCCUCGAAGCGCUGACAACCUCAAGCAGGUGGCACGAUCGCUGUUUCUUUUGGGGAAGCACAAGGCAGCCAUUGAAGUGUACAACGAAGCAGCUAAACUCGAUGAAAAGGACUGGGAGAUCAGCCACAACCUGGGUGUGUGCUACAUGUACCUGAAACAUUUCAACAAGGCACGAGACCAGCUAAACAAUGCCCUGGAGCUCAACAGACAUGAUCUGACUUACAUGAUGCUGGGAAAAAUUCACCUAUUGGAGGGGGAGACGGAUAAAGCCAUUGAAGUCUAUAAGAAAGCCAUAGAGUUUUCGCCAGAAAAUACAGACCUCCUUACAACACUGGGGUUACUUUACUUGCAGCUUGGGGAUUACCAGAAAGCUUUUGAACACCUUGGAAACGCGCUUACUUACGACCCAGGCAACUAUCAGGCUACCUUGGCAGCUGGCAGCAUGAUGCAGGCCCAUGGAGAUUUUGAUGUUGCGCUCUCCAAAUAUAGGAUGGUAGCCAGCGCUGCACCUGAAAGCCCCCCGCUAUGGAACAACAUUGGGAUGUGCUUCUUCGGGAAGAAGAAAUAUGUAGCAGCUAUCAGCUGCCUGAAGCGGGCAAACUACUUGGCUCCCUUUGACUGGAAGAUAUUGUACAAUUUGGGGUUAGUCCACCUCACAAUGCAGCAGUAUGCAUCUGCUUUCCACUUCCUCAGUGCUGCCAUCAACUUCCAGCCUAAGAUGGGAGAGCUGUAUAUGCUCCUUGCAGUUGCUCUGACAAACCUUGAAGACAUUGAGAAUGCAAGACGUUCCUAUGAGCAAGCUGUGGCACUGGACAAGUGCAACCCCCUUGUCAACCUGAACUAUGCUGUCCUGCUGUAUAACCAGGGCGACAAGAAGGGAGCCCUCUGCCAGUACCAGGAGAUGGAGAAGAAGGUCAAUGCAGUGAAGGAGAGCAGUACUCUUGACUUUGACCCUGAGGAGAUGGUGGAGGUUGCCCAGAAGAUGGGGGCUGCCCUGCAGGUUGGGGAGAGCCUGGUCUGGACGAAGCCUUCUAAAGAGUCUAAAUCCAAGCAGAGAGCUGUUCCAUUAGGGAAAUCCACCAGCACUCAGCAGCCUUUGGGCUCUAACCAGGCCCUGGGCCAAGCCAUGUCCUCAGCUGCAGGGUAUGGGAAAACCAUGCAGCUUCCCCCAGGUGCUGGAGCAUCAGCUCCACCUGCAAAGCCUCCUUCGCUGCCUCUGGAACCAGAACCGGGCUCAGAAAUGAGCCCUGGGGAGACCUCAGCUGAGGAACAGAGAAAAGAAAAGCGCAAGAGCCGGCAGGCAGCGGACUAGGAUGGACUCUGGUCAGGACAGGCAGGUGCAGGAGUAUCUCCAGUGCUGCCUGCUGACUUGUGGGGAAAGGGACCUGCCUUCUCCCCUGACCCACAGUAGCUUCACCCCACUGUCAGUCAGUCUAAAUGCAGCUGUUUUUCUGUUAAUGAUUUUAGCAUACAGUCUCUACCUUACCCCAAGGAGUUGCUGUGGCAAUCAGAAGAGGUUUCUGCAUAGCUGCUAUUAGCGUGGUCACAGCUUACUACAGGAGGCUGGAGGCUGGAGAUCCAUCUUCAGUCUUCAGUGUUUGGGUAAAAGUCCUCCAGAAGGAUGCUGAGGCAUCCAGUAUAUUUAGAAAAGCCAGCAGUAGUGACUUAGCACCCUGGAUCGCAAAGGUGGUCAAACCCUUCUAGUGGAUGAACUUGUAAGCGGCUGAGGAAGCCCUACACAGGCUGUAGUGAAGUCAGUGGUAAAACGCUCGGAGAGAGGUUGAAGGUGGUACACCUCACCAGGGCAAGCGCAGAGCAGUAAGCUAGGCUCGGAACUAGCACAGCCCGGCUUACUGUGAAAUAGGGGCUUCUCCUUCCUGGUUUCACAAGGGCAUUUACAUUUGUAAAUGCUCUCAAGGCUGAAGAAAGGAAGCUGAAACAGCUGGGAGCUGGUAUUACUGAGCAGGGCAAUGUCAUGGCAUGAAAGACACUUGAAAGCCCACGCCUUCCUUAGCGGUGGCAGUCGUGAAACACAGGGGAGCUGCAUAGCAAUGGGGAGCUCGUUUGUCUUGAGGUGAUUGCUCCAUUAACAGGCAGCCUGGUGGAGGAUGGAUGGCUGAAGCAGACCUGCUGCGCCAGGCUAAUGGCACACUGAGCUGGCUUCUUUAGCACUGUUUGUCUUCUGAUUCAAGGAUCACUCUGUAUUUCUUGAAUCCAACCUAUUUUUAAGCAUAAGCUUCUGUGUGGAGGCUAAGAAAGCUGCAUAGCUGGCCCACAGUAAGGCAAGCACUCAGAGGCUGGUUAUUCUGGAAGCAGGCUAGCUGCAGCAGCAAAAAAGUCUGCCAGAUCCCUAAUUGUUUGCUAAGAAAUGGUAAAUGAGCCUCAGUGAAGCUCUGCUCAUGUGAUUGGAGCUCUUCCUUGAGAAUUUGUAUUCUCACCCAGCAUGGGGGGGUAAGAUUGGUUUGCAGGAAAAAAAAAAAGUGACCCUUUUCAUAAAAGAGGAUACGGCCAGCUUCAAUGCUAUAUUUAAAUUGUUUCAGUACAUCAGCAGCCAUGCUCUGAAUAAUUUAGUUAUGCCCCCCUUACAGUUGCAUUUUAGGAGAAAUCAUUUACACUGGCUGCAAGGCAGUGAAGCAGCCCAUUGGUGAGCAGAGCAAGGAAUUUUAAUGCCCAUGUGAUAACAGAGGCACUUUGAAACUUUCCAUUUUGAAUGGCAAAACACUAGCCUUCCUUUCCUCUGCUACUGUCAAUUUGUUGCCUCUGGGAUUUAUCCAGAGCUCAACACAGGUCCUCAAAACAAUUGGUUUUGGGAACUGAAGGUGGGACCAUCAUACUUUACAGAAAAAAUCAAUAAUUGGGUUUAGUUUCUCUCAUUCUCCCCUCUGUGUACCGAGAAGUAUACCAAGCUAACAUUGCUGUGGGACUUUUGACCUGAGUUUUCCAAACAGAACGUGUAGCACUUCCCCAACAAAACUGAAGCUUCAGGGUUCACUGUAUUUGCUGGUUAAGCUACCCAGCUUUUAAAAAUAUAUUUCCUGCUUUUAGUUCUCCACUGUUGUGAUGUGUCACUCCAUAAUUAACAAGUCCAACAGGGCAAAGUUAGUAGUGGAAACUUGGCUGUAGCAACAUAAAAGCAGCAUGACCAAGGCUCUGGCUGCAUUUAACAUCCUUCAGUUGUGCUUUGUGGUUAGCUGCUAUUAUCCAGAAUGAUAUUAAUGCAUCUUUAGAGCACAACCAGAAACUGAAGUACUAUCCUGCUCCCUGGAGAACACUAAAAGAAUAGGAACCCUUCACUUUCUCCUCUGUUUCGAUUGCCAAAACUGCCUGCUUACCUCAAAUGUGGCUUUUUUUCCAGCUGUCCUCCACUGAUUGGUUCUAUAUCUGUACAGCCUCUGGUAGCACUCCUGUAAGGUUUCCCUCAUGCUAGGAGUUGAAGAAAACAGAGGAUCUUUUGUGGAGCACUGGCACAUUUAAACAAACCAGACAAGAAGCAGUGUAAAUCAGGUACAGUGCAGUGAUUUUUAUUCACAUUCAACUUUUUACACUGAAAGUUACUGCAGCGUAACCGAGUGCCUGUGAGGAGGUUAAGAUUGCAGAGCAAAUGUAGGCCAGGGGUGGGAGCUCUUGACCUCACCCCCAAGACUUUAGUUCAUGACAGUUUUUUCCAAAAGCAGUUGAUUGCUGUGAUCUUUUAUCACAAAGGCUUUCGAGCUCUGGAAGCUCCAAUACAAGGAACAGUGACCAGAACAACGUGGUUACAGGUAGCUGACCAUCAGCAUUGCUGAUACAGGAAGGUUUUCCCCUACAUCUGCUCAUGACCAUUUGUUUUAAUUUUACUAGCUGCUUUCCCCUGCCUUCUGCUUGUUGUAAGAAAGAAAAGUGACCUUAGACUGUAGCAUUACAAAACUCCUUUGCGAUAUUCAGUAGGUGGGCACAGCCUUCGUCCCACCACUGUUCUCAACUUACAGCCCACCUGAGACACAAGGAACGAUUAAAGAUCUCUCUCCUCUCAGCCAGUCCCACUGGUGUAACUUGCUACCUUCUUGGCGCAUAGGAUGCUUUUAUAGGGUAAAUGUUACACAUUUCUGUUACACCUUACGUACUCAUAGGGUUUACAACACUUGCAGUUACUGUAAAGGUAUUUAAAAUAUAUAUUUUCGUGAAGUGCUUAUGCAGACAAUUAACCAAUUCUAUGAAAAGAAGCAGUAGCACCAUGUUAUUUUCUGGAUUUGAACAGAGGGGAGCUUCAUGUAUGUCUAAGGAAGCGUUUUUAAAUAUGUAACUACAGUUGGGUAAUAAAUAGAACAGCAGUUCCUUGUCCUGUUCCCUCUCCUCCCACUGGGUAUUGUGAUGAUGGGAUUUGCAUACAGUAAAUUCAUAGUAUCUUGAUGGAAAGCUGCUUUUUUUUAAUGCUAUCUAAUGAUGAGAAUGAGGCUGGACUGUUCUUUCAACUGAAAUUAAGCAAGGGAAUUUUCAGCAGGACUGUACUAAAUCAUUUAGGGAUUUUGGAAAUCACACCUUAUGUUCCAAAACCUGCUUCUGGCAUCAGCCAUAAUUCUAAUCUUCUCUUACCUCCCAUAAUUGAAAUUUUAAGAUGGAAAAGAAUAAUGAGCUUAAUUUCUAGGGAAGUAGAAACCAUCUGCUUUAGGACUCUUUCUUCCCCCUUUUAGUAAAAGGUAUAUCAUUAACCAGGUUAAAUCAUACAAAAUAGACUGCAGCCUGACCUCCUCACAAGAAAGAAACUGGAAGACACUCAACUAGCAAUGCCUGAGCAGCAAGACCUUGUUUCAGCCAAGAGUAAUGAUCUGUGUAUCCAGCAACGUGUAUUCAACCCAGACAACUCUGGUUUUGAGGUCCCUGAGACAACUGGAUGCUGAUUUAUGAUACGGGCAGUAUUAGUGUAUACUUGCCAUGUUCCUGUAUGCGGUCUUUUCCAAUUGUGGUCACUGACAGGCAAUAGUGAGGAAGGUGGACCUUGGGUCCUACUCAACAUCCAGUUCUUGCAUAAGACAUUAAAAAUUUAGACUUCUCCAUUGGGAAGUGCAUUUUAGUUGGCAAAGCCUCUCCUACACGGACAGGCAAGCCUCAGUGCUGAAUGAAGAAAAAUGCACUUUACUAAAAUAAUAAGCUCCACACAUAAAUGCACUACAAAAAGGCACAUAUUCACAAGUAGUUCAUCUGCCAAGAUUGUUUUAUAAUAGAAAACACAGUUUUACUACAAGGAAAGCUUCACCACUCUCUCAAACCAAACUGCACAAAAAAAGAGGUUUUUUAAUGAAAGAUACAGCUGAGAUUUGAACCCAGUUUUAUCCAGGCUGCACUGGCUAACGAGCAGCUUUCCUGAGAAAUUCAUAGGAGAGGUUUUCAGGGUAUUUUUUUUUUUUUUGUUUCCCCCACUUGCAUCUUAAUGAAAUCACUCCCCCUUAGCUGCCAGCAUUUGUGUUAUUCAGCUGCUCUGA